AUCACUAUUGUUUAUGGAACUAUCCCCAAACACAACCAAGCUUAGCUUACACACACAGCAGACAGCUGUUGGCAAAUUGUUUUGUGAAAAACAAAAUAUUUGAAAGAACACAGAAACUGGAAUAGCACAUAGAUGGCCGAUCCGUCACCUCCGCAGCUCAAUGAGCAAUUGGACAAUGAAGAAGUACGAGAAAUACUAAAGAACACGACAGAUUUGCGCAUUUUUAUUUUGCAAAUCGAAAAGGAGUUUAAGGAGGUGGAAAACAAGUCAAUAGAGGAUUACAUAGCUGAAUCUCAGAAUAUAGCCAAUCUGCACAAUCAGAUCAACGAGUGUGACGAUGUGCUGCUGCGCAUGGAAAACAUGUUGAUGAGUUUUCAGAGUGUCCUAAACAACAUAAGCACGGAAAUUACACAACUACAGCGAAAGUCGGUAUCCAUGUCCCUACAGCUGACGAACCGCCAGUCGGUUAAGGCGCAGCUCUCUCAGUUCAUUGAAGAUAUGGCUAUGUCGGAGGAUAUGAUAAAUAUAAUCUUGGAAACACCGGUGACAGAGCGCGACUUUAUCACACAGUUAAAUGUCCUCAACCACAAGCUCCAACUGGUCAAGGAGCUCAGCUUUAAAGAAUCCAAGUCGACAGGUGAUGUGAGCGAUGUGCUGCACAAGUUGCGGCUCAAGGCCAUGUCUAAAAUACGCACCUACUUGCUGGAACAAAUUUACAAAUUCCGGAAGCCCAUGACCAACUAUCAAAUACCGCAGAACGCAAUGUUAAAGCACAAAUUUUUCUUUGAAUUCAUACUGUCCAAUGAGCGACAUGUGGCUCAAGAGAUAUGCAGCGAGUAUAUAGAUACCAUGAGCAAAAUAUAUUAUAGUUACUUUAAGAGCUAUUCUACACGAUUGAUGAGCCUGAAAUUCGAGGAAUCUUGUACCAAGGAUGAUCUAAUGGGAAUAGAAGAUAACGCGUCGAAGGGCUUGUUCACCAAAACGACCAGUUUAAAACACAAAAGCACAAUAUUUACCAUUGGAAAACGUGGUGACAUACUUAACCAACAGCUAGAGGCGCCCAUUAUAGUGCCGCAUGCCCAGCUUAAGAAUCGCUACACAUUCGAGGCUCUAUUUCGCUCUGAACAAUAUGCAUUAGUGGACAAUGCCUGUCGCGAGUACCUGUUUGUGACGGAAUUUUUCAUGGUGCGUGGAACACAGGCACAGGAUUUGUUUAAUCAGAUAAUGGGGAAGACGUUGACUUUGAUGAUUAAAAAUCUGGAAACAUCCAUACAGGAUUGCUAUGAUACAAUUGCUAUGUUCCUAUGCAUACAACUGAUUUUUCGGUAUCAGCUGAUGUGCCAUAAACGCUGUGUGCCUGCCUUGGAUAAAUAUUGGGACUCCCUACAGACGGCCAUCUGGCCACGAUUCGAGUACGUUUUUCGAAUGAACAUCCAAAGCAUUCACGACUGUGAUCCCAGCAAAUUUAACAAGGAAAUGGGACCACAUUAUAUAACGCGGCGCUAUGCUGAGUUUUCCUCCGCUGUUGUGGGCAUUUCAGAACAUUUUCCGAAUGAGCUUGUCAGUCGCCUGUUAUUGGAACUACAAAAUGAAGUGGAAUGUUUUAUACUACGUAUGGCAGCAAUUUUUCCCACGCGGAAGGAACAACUGAUCUAUCUGAUCAACAACUAUGACCUUGUACUGGGUGUGCUAAUGGAGCACACACGUGACAAUUCCAAAGAAGCUGAAGCCUUUCGUGAACAGUUAAAUGCGCGCAGUGGCGAAUAUGUAGAAGAGAUCCUGGCACCGCAUUUUGGUGGCAUCAUACAGUUUGUUAAGGAGUGUGAGCACUAUUUCGAGAAGGAACAAAUGGAUGAGCUGCGGAAACAGGAACGACGUAGCUUGGCUUUAGUUGCCAGUUUUUCGGCGAACUGGAAGAAGUCACUUGAGGAACUCAAUCGCGAAGUGUUGUUGCUAUUCCCAUCUCUGGUUACGGGCUCCCAGCUCUUACAAUUGGCAUUGACGAGUCUUGUGCAAUAUUACCAUCGUUUUAACAAACUUUUGACACCUAACGCCCGCGCUCAGUUGACGAACAUCCAUGUGGUUAUGGUGGAAAUAAAGAAAUACAAGACCAACUUCUGAAGGGGGCUCCAAUUAAUUAAUAAUGCAUUAUGUAUAUGUAUAUGAGAGAAAAUAUAUUGCAUGUAACAUUUUUAAAGAAACGAAA